CACACAUCUGGACAUCAGCAAACUCUGUCAACCAUGUUCAGAUUUGGUGAAGCUGUGAACCGAUGGUCCGCUCUACUCCGCAGUGCAUCCGCCAAGCCAAAAGUCUCAGGUGAUUUUGAUAAUAUUCUGACACCAGUGUCCGUGAUGGAGGGAGAUUCAGUCACUCUAAACUCUGGUCUUACUGAAAUAACAGAUGAUGGUCUGAUUCUAAACAGACUGAAGCUGGACAAACAAACUAGAUCUCUGACCAUCACAAACACCACAACUGAAGAUACUGGACCUUGUCAACUACACAUCAACUGUAUGAAGAAGGCUUUCCUUCUCACUGUCUAUGCUGUGUUUGGUGAUGAAAUUAAGUCAGUGUCAGUGAAGGAGGGAGAUUCAGUCACUCUGAACUCUGGUCUUACUGAAAUAAGAGAAGAUGAUGGUCUGAUUCAGUGGUUGUUUAAAGAUGUUAUAUUAGCUUUUAUCUUAAAAGUGUCUAACGUCUACACUGUAUUUGAUGACAAUGGGAAAUUCAGCAACAGACUGAAGCUGGAUCAUGAAACUGGAUCUCUGACCAUCACAGACAUCAAAAUGAAACAUACUGGACUUUAUAAACUUCAGAUCAACAGCGUGGUCAAGAGGUUCAUUCUCACUGUCAAAGAUGGCAUUGCAAAUGCACGGAUGUCAGUGUCAGUGAUGGAGGGAGGUUCAGUCACUCUAAACGCUGGUCUUACUGAAAUACAGACUGAUGAUCUGAUUCAGUGGACAUUUGGAAAUAAAAACACCAUAAUAGCUGAUGUAUUGCCUGACAGAUUCUCUGUGUAUGAUCAUGUUCUUGAUGGGAGAUUCAGAGACAGACUAAAGCUGGACAAGCAAACUGGAUCUCUGACCAUCACAGACACCAGAAGUGAACAUGCUGGAUAUUAUGAACUACAUGCCACACGUAUGAUGAUAGAUUUCACUCUUAAUGUCUUUGGUUUUACAGGUGCAGUGAAGUCAGUGUCAGCUAUGGAGGGAGAUUCAGUCACUCUAAACUCUGAUAUUACUAAAUUAGAUGAUAAUGUGUUUCAGUGGGUGUUCAUCAACUCUUUAAUAGCUCAUAUCAAUGUAAAGGCUGACCACAUUACUAUAUUUGAUUAUAAUGAUGGGAGAUUCAGAGACAGACUGAAGUUGGACAAACAAACUGGAUCCCUGACCAUCAAAGACAUCAGAAAUGCACACUCUGGACUUUAUGAACUGCAGACCUACAGCGAGACCAAAUACUGGAAAUUCAGUCUUACAGUCUAUGCUAGUCCACCUGUACCUGUCAUUAGCAGAGACUGUUCUUCAUCAUCAGGAUUGUCAAAGACCAAAUGUUCAUUUCUGUGCUCAAUAGUGAAUGUGAGCCACAUGACUUUCUCCUGGUACAAAGGUAACAGUUUAUUGUCCAGCAUCAGUGUGCCUGAUCUCAGCAUCAGUCUCUCUCUACCUCUGGAGGUGGAAUAUCAGGAUAAAAACAGCUACAGCUGUGUGAUCAACAAUCCCAUCAUUAACCGGACUCAACAUCUGGACAUCACUCAACUCUGUCACUCGUGUUCAGACUCUGAACACUGGUGUGGUUCUACUGAAGCUGUGAUCCGAUUGGUCAUAACUGCUCUGGUGGGCGUGGCUGCUGUGGCUGCUGUUGUUCUCCUGGUUUAUGACAUCAGAUCUAGAAGAGCUGAACAAGAUCGAGCACAUUUUCACAAAUAAGAAACCUAGAUCAUGAUGUAAUUUCUAAUAUUACCAUUUUAAUCAUUUAUUAAUCUUAAAUUACUUUUUAUAUUAUUCUACUGGUAUUGAUUGGCAGCUCAUUUCCCCAUUAGAAGAUGAUUUGAGAAAAAACAGCAACACAUUCUCACAUUAGCGCUCAAAAUGUUGGUAAAUACUGAAAAUUACCAAGAUUGCUAUGCUCACACUUAAUAUAACAUGCUUUUUUAUAUGUACAGUUGAAUCUUUCAUAUUUGAUAAGGCAGUGAUGCUCCUCUACUGGUUGAACACAUGAAAGCACAUGAAAACAUAUCUCUCUUUGCCAUUUGCAGGGUGAGACGUAUUAUUAUUUUUUAAUCCAGUUUAAACAGUUUUAUUGAUUAUAGCCUCUUUCUCUUAGAUCUCACUUUACUAUUAUCAGAUUCCCAUAUGUUUUUCAUUGCAAUUAUCAAUAAAAUUCUUUAUCAUUCAGA